AUUAAUUUGUAUAACCAUAUAGCCAUUGUUUCCGUAUAGCCAUUGUUUCCAAUCAGCAAAGUUCAAAAAAUUUUCUUAAGAAGGCCCACUCUUUAAAAUUCUGAAGGGCUGGGUGCGGCGAUCACCACCUAGCUAUCUUUGCCAGUCCGCCCUUACUCCUACUGCUAUUAUAGAUGUGAUGGUAUUAUUAACCACAUUCAUGGGUGUGUCAUCAGCAUUUCCCCCACAAGAUAUCUAUGUUUUCUGAAAAGAUGGGCUAGUUUUCCUUACAGCAGCACUAGUCUCAAUAUGUGGAAUUUCCAGUCUGCAAAAUUGAACAAAAACAUUAUAUUUUCUGGCUUAAUUUCCAAGAAAAAUUUAUCUUUUUAUCCCAAAUGAUGAGGGUGUAUACCCCUCUGUCCACCACUAGUGCUAUCACUUUAUACCUUGAAACCAUAGAAAAGAUGCAUUAAAGGUAUUGAGUCAUGGUAAAUGAGCCUUCUCUUUAGGGGGUUAUUUUGUUUUCAGUAUGAUCGCUGCAGUUUUGUGGGAGAGGUGUCCAUUGUUGACAAAUCGCUAUUGAUGGAAAUUGUUUUGUUAAUCAGUACCAGACAACAACCCCUGUUCCAAACUUCAAUGAUCCACUGUUUUCACAACAGUUUUAUUUGAAUGAAAAAUAUGGGGUAACAAUGAACAUACACAAGGCAUGGAACAAGGGUAUUACUGGAAAAAAUGUUACAAUCUGCAUAAUUGAUCCAACUGGUGUUGAAAAGAACCAUGAUGAUUUUGCUUCUAAAUUUGUUGUCGAGGGAAGUUUUGAUUUGCGAACCAACAGCUCGGAUCCUUCCCCUGAUGCUAGCCGCUUUGGCGAGGGACCAUACUCCCAUGGAACCCAAAUGGCUGGAGUGGCUCUUGCCAAAGCAAACAAUGGAAAAUGUGUGGUGGGUGUAGCCUAUGAUGCUAAGAUGUCAGGUAUCAGGACCGUUAUGACAGGCAGUGUCACACCGAGCGAGAAGGAAGCCAUUUUGAAUAGACUGGGUCGUGCCUUAGGCCACGCUAAUCAUAUCAAUGAUAUAUAUUCAUGCUCAUGGAGCCCUCUUACACAGUUUCAGGAUACUGUCGGACACAUGAAGGAAGCCGACAGGCAAGCCCUGAGAAACUCUACCACAAAUGGUCGUGGUGGCAAGGGUAAUAUAUACGUUUUUUCUGCUGGUAAUGGUGCUCCAUUUAAUGGAACUUGUGGUUACAACGAAUUUGUGACAUCUAUUCAUACCAUUACGAUCAGCGUUGUCACUGGAAAGAACGUGAAAUCAACUCAGAAUGUCAAAUGUUCUGCUAUACAUGCCGUCACGUACUCAAGGGACCUUGGCCUUGGAAUUGCCUAUCCUCAUGAUAUAAUGCCGACGUGUGCAUUGAAGAACACAUGUGCCAAAACGACUGGCGCAUCAUCUGCUGCCACGGCAGUUGCUUCAGGAAUUUUUGCAUUGGUUCUACAGGCCAACCCAAGCAUUGGAUGGCGAGACUUACAGCAUUUGAUUACUCGAAGUUCCUGCUCGGAUUUCAAAAAUAUAACAUGGACAACAAAUAAAGCUGGAAUAAAGGUAAGCGAUGACUUUGGAUUUGGCUUGCUUGAUGCUGAUGCUUUGAUUACGAAUGCUAAGAAGUGGAAGAAUGUUGGAAAACAAUUGGAAUGCGCCAUAACGUUGCCAAGUACACCGAAACCUAUUGAUGGCAUCCAAACACUGAAUGAAGUUGUAGAUCUGACUUCGUGGCCAGCAUCCUGUGGAGGAGAAGGACAGAGAAUCAACUACGUAGAGCAUGUUGUAUUACAGUUCAGCUUGAAUUUCACACGUCGAUCUGACAUUGAGAUCGCGAUAGAGAGUCCAGGCGGAACUAAAUCAUUUAUCCUGCGAUCAGGAAGAUUUUGGGACCGGAAUAAGGAAAUCAGUAAAUUGUCUACGAUGUCGUUGCACUUUUGGGGAGAAAAUCCACGUGGAAAUUGGCAGAUAAGAAUUCGAAAUGUGAAACCAAAUGCUGGAAAACAUGGAACUCUGUUUGACUGCAAAAUGACGGUAUAUGGCUCUUCAAGUGAUCCUAUGGCUGGAAACACAGUCGUUGCAUCGCAGAUCAAGAUAAACCAGACAAGUACACCAUCACCAUCAACAACGGCAACGUUGCCAUCGACUUCUCCAAGAAAGAGCUCUUCUAACCUUUCCAAAUCAACUUCUUCAAAACCUCGUAACAUUGCUACAAUUGGCGCAUCGUCAAAGAUAACAGUGGUUUUGUUCGUUUUUGUUGUUUCUCUUGGCCAUCUUAUCUGAGUGGCGCUCACAGCUUUAGAAGAUUUGUAGCUGAUCAACGAAGCUAUGACAAUUUUAUUCAGCUGCAAUUGUGCUUUAACGAUCAUCUGCUGAGGACGUCGUUUUGUUUCGAUAUAUGACGUGACCGUGUAGUUUUUGUUUCUUGAGCUUUUUAUCAAUCGCAGAUAAUCCUUUGCCAGUACAUUACCGGUACGGUAUCUUAAGUUUGCAUUUUCAGCACUUUGGCCAUUUAUGCAAAGGAGGUUUGUAGCAAUGCCCAAACAAGUCUUGCAUGAAUAUUUUUUCAUUGUAUUGGUUUUGUGUAGUGUGCAUUGUGUAGAUAUAUUGUUAUUUUGAUACGGGUUUUUUGUCGCGACAGUAAGAUUGAUUGUUAAUAUUUGCUUCGAUGAGCUGGGCUCAUUAAGAAAUGUUUUAGAUAUAAUGAUAUCGACCAGAGAGCUUACACACACGUUCUAUAUGAGAAGUAAAUCAUUUGCCUUACAUGAAUAUAAUUUUCGUCACAAGGAACAAAUUUUAUCUGCGUUAGUUUUCAGAUGUAAAUUUUCGUAUGUCUUUAAGCCUUUACUACUCUCAUAACAGGCAAAGAUCAAGUUUAUAAUAACGCUAAGCCCCUUAGAGAACAUUUUAAGAUGUUACCAUUUUAAGACGCUAAAACCUUUAACCGUUUUCUCCUAAUCCGUAAUUUUCCCGCGGUCCCUGCUCAGAGGCUAUAGAUUUGUUCAUUUAAGAAAUUUCAUGUUUAUUAUUUUGAGUUAAGGCAUUCAGGAAGGGUGCUAGGUUGUGUAUAUUCACUCUUUGCUAAGGCUAGGCCAUUUUCUUGGCUCCACCAACAAGAUGCCUACGAGAUUCAUACCCAGCCUUCUUUCUUUCCAUUUCUUCGUAUAUGUUGGCUUGCGUCACUAGGAGUCUUUUUUUCAUUGCUACUAUCCCACAUUACAUAUUAUCAUCAGACUGUCAUCUAUGUUAACUUCAUAUUCUAAUGCUUUCUUAACGGGGGGCACUGUGAAAGGGGCAAGGAGGCGAGUUUUUGUCUCGGAUCUUUGACCAUUGUAUACCUGUUCUUAUAGCAUCUAAAGCCAUAACUACCAAAAACGGUAUCAUGUCAUUAAGUUUCCAAGGGCCUAAAAUCUAGUUUACGUCUUACAAAAUUUUGUGAGAUAAGCAAAUAGUUAAACCUGACACAAUUGUCAUCGUCUUUUCUCAAGCCCCAUGUCUAGCCAUACUUCAUCUACCCUAAUUCAGUCUACACCCCUCCUCCCUACAAAUCUGAAGCAAUGACGUCACUCUUUCGAUAACUCGAAAUCAUUGCAAAACAUAUAUCUUGUAAUAUACCAUCUACCUUAUAAAAAAGUUACUGACAGCUCAAGACUUUUUCGCUAAUAAGUCAUUUUAUUGACACUGACCCUCUAACCGUAUUGCUUUUUUCAAACUAAAAAUUUACAUAGAAAAUACGACAAUUUGUAUCUUUUAUCGCAAAUAAACGUAAAAAUGAUUGUUAAUAAAUAAUGAACACUGAUUGUGAAUAAGAUUCGAUUUUAUAUGAAAUUAGAUAUACGACGA